AAAUUUCUGAAGAUAAAUUCCCGGUUGAAAUCGAAUCGUGUUCCAGAAUCAUGUGGAAACCUAACAGCCUAAACAGUAAAAAGUAUUCCCUAUUUCCAUGUUUUGCAAACUUUCUCCUAAAGUGCCGAACUUGACAUUUCUGACAUUUCCGAUUCAUAGGAAACCUUUCUCUGAAUAAAUAUUGUGUUAUGAUUUAUUUUCAGCCGUCCUUGGCUGGAUCGGUAGAGCUGUAGCAUCCUGUGAAGAGUGGCCGGAAAAGGCGAGCAUUCCUGGCCGUUUCCCUAUGUCUACCACUAUUUAUAGAGUUCUCACGUAUAGUGCUGUAGGUGCCGAUGCGUUAAUACUACUGACCUUGCGAAAUCGUGGAAUGGCGUAAUUGUUCAGGGAACAAAUAGCGCCUCAUUCAAAUUUCAACCUAAAAUUUCCAGAUGCGCAAAAAAUGAGUGUUGCGUAAAAUACUAGUGCAAUCGCACCGAGCCGAAUUCGAAUUGAUUUUCGUUGAAAAACAAACACGCUUAAGACGGAAUCGAUGGACGGAGGUUAUCAAAUGGGAUCGCAGCCAAAGCCAACUGACCUUGCUUUUAUUUUCUGUCGCAUUUUUGUAACUUCCAAUUUCCGUAAAUACGGCAUGCGCUAGCUGGGGCCUCUCGUCUUCUUAAUGCAACAUAAACAACCAGUCGAGUUUCGUUUUGUGUGUAACUGUGCAUGCAAGAACAGCAAAUGACGCAAUAAAAACCCUCCAAUGCUUAUUCACGUUGGCGGGAAUGGUCUUCAGGCCCUCCCAAGGUUCAGUGCAGCAGUUCUUGAUGUCAACAAUCAACGAAAUAAAUAAGCUAGGAACUAGUAAGACUAGGGCACGUAAAUGAGGUCGCCCUGGAAGUGAUGCGUCGUAUGUUUCCAAUCUCCUGGGUCAAGCGGGAAAUAUUUUUAGCAACAGGCCACGGCGCACGAUUUUGGAUUAUAAUCUCGGCAGAUAUCCGCCAUAUCGUCGCGCUUUCUUUAAAGAACUUAGGAGAGAAGCAAAAAUGUUGUACACAUAUUGAUCGAGAACGAAACUACGAAAUGACUGGAUGCGAGUCGAGUAACAAUUGGACGCUGUAUUUUAUCAUUUCAAAAUAUACAUCGGGUGAUGUUUUUAAUCUAUUUGAAUUGGAUUUUUUCUUCCCCCGACUCGUUGUCAAUUCGUUCGCCGUUAGAUGUCAGCAUAAUCGAGCUCCAGCAGAACACACACACUGUUGAAAGUUCUCUCUUGGAUUUGGUGUGGAGUGGAUUCCUUCCUAUCGUGUCUGGCUGGUGAAAACUCCCGAAGCAAAUACAGUCGUGAAUCUACUACUAACGAGAACGCAACAAGAGUGAAAUGCGAGAGAAAACAUUUCGAAUCUGUCGAGAUUACCUCAACGGCAUCUGGAAGAUGAUUGCCCCACAAGAAAUGGUGCUUAAACAAGUCAGUGGCGGAAUGAGCAACUUUUUGUACUAUUGCGCCUUACCUCCUAUGGCCAAGCCGAAACAAGGUGAACCGUCACGAGUCCUGGUCCGGUUCUACGGCCAAAUCCACGGCGAAGGAGCGCUGGAGGCAUUGCUAACCGAGUCGGUCAUUUUCACGCUGCUAUCUGAGCGUAAGCUUGGACCUAAAUUACAUGGAGUCUUUCCCGGUGGGCGAUUGGAGGAAUUUAUUCCGGCACGUCCGUUAAAGACGAAGGAGCUCGUCGAUCCCGAGAUCAGCUCCAUCAUCGCCGAGAAAAUGGCGCAGAUUCACAGCUUGGACGUACCGAUCAGCAAAGAACCCACUUGGUUAUGGGACACGAUGAAUCGCUGGAUGAGCAACAUGAAAGUGACACUUGCUGCGCAGCCGACACACCAAAUUGUCGAUAAUGAUUUCAUUGAAAAAGAUGUUUCUUCCGCUAUGCGAUCCAUUUUGAGUUGGAAAUUGGAUUCGGAAAUGGACUGGAUGAAAACCUAUUUAACGCAGCUUCGUUCUCCAGUCGUCUUUUGUCAUAACGAUUUACAAGAGGGUAACAUUUUGAUCCGCGAAUCGGCCGUUACUCGCGAAGAAAAGCUGGUCAUAAUUGACUUUGAGUACUGUUCCUACAACUAUCGAGGAUUUGACGUGGCCAACCACUUUUGCGAGUGGAUGUACGAUUACACAUUUGACAAAUACCCAAAAUUCACUUACAAUCCAGCAGCAAUGCCGUCUGUCGAACAACAGUUGUAUUUCAUUCGUUAUUAUUUGGAGACGGUGCAGCGUGAAAUGGGCAUCGAUGAUUCACACAAGAAUCCAAUUAUGAAUACCAUCGAUGCAGGGCCCCAGAAUGAACUCCGUCUUCUACGAGAAGCCGAAUGUUACAUGCUUGCUUCGCACUUUUUCUGGGGUCUUUGGGCUGUCGUUAACGCACCAGUUUCUUCUAUCCCGUUUGGUUACUGGGAGUAUGCCGAGGCCCGGUUUGCAGCUUACUUUGAGCACAAACAAAAUUUACUACGUAAAUAUGGAGAAGUUAUCGAGGAGAACGUUUAAUUCGCACCUUGAAUCAAAUUCGUUGUGAUCACUAUUACCUUGUUGCUUUCCCAUUCGACUAUUGUACGAGUUUCGGACGGAAACGCAUUCAAACCCAAUGCACGCUGCGUUAUACUACUUACGAGGCCAUCGCCCAAAAGCUUCCUUACUUCGAUCCAUUUGUAAAAAUUACAUUUUAUCUCUUUUGUUCCCGUUGCUCUCAAAAGUGUGCAUUUCGUGUCAUAUGUGUCGCUUCUUUCUUGUUCACUUCCUUAAGACUCUAUUUUUGGGUUGUGAUCUUAAGCCAUCUUCUCUCCUAACUAAAAGGUGGUAUGACAAGUUUUUUAAAAAGACUUGGGGAUGGAUGUGAUGUGGGAAAGCUCACAAAACUUCGAAAACCUCUAUGAGGCGUGAGACACACGACACAUGUACUUGAAACAUUGACCUAUUAUCCAGCAAUCCACUGACCCUAAUUUAACUGCCAGGGUUGGUGGUGCUCUGUAAAUGUCAAUGCUCAAAUGAUUUUCUUUAACUGUUUCUCUAUCCUGUUCGUUGACAUGUAUAUUGGACACAUGUUCAUUACACAGAGUUGAAUUAG